GAGUCCGUCUGGUUGGGAUGUGCGACCAAAAACAUCAAUGUUUGACAGUCGAAAAACCUAAAAAAACCUUUAAAUGGCUGAUUUUUUAAUGGGUUCAUAAAGACAGCUCCUCUGUUUAUUUUCACCUGUUUAUUGCAGGAAUUAAAAGCGCAGAUGACCUGUCGGUGUUGUGUGUCCCGCGAGGAGAAUUAGGAUGAAUGAGAGCUAAUGGCAGAUGAUGUGAAGGGGAAGUCUGGUCGCACGCCGCUGCGAAAUGAAUCACAUUAAUGCUUGCUGGUGCGGUGGCAGCCCAGCGUUUAACGAUGAUAGAGUUUGGACACUUCAUUUCUGUCAUUGUGAAAUUGGCACGCGGCACGGCUAAUGAUGGUAAUGUAUGUUGAGCGGCGCGUACGGUUCGAAUCCCUCUCCAUUGCUGUUUAAGCGCUCAUGUUGUUUGGCAUUUUGCAUUAUGAAUAGGAGGAGGGCACGGAGUAGAUGUGUUCACUCAUUUCCAGGCAUUGUAAUGGGAAACAUGCUGAUAAUAUAAAUGUCUGUUCUUUUGUUGCAGGAGAUUGUGACUUCGAGAAGCCCUUCUCGUCGUGUGGAUACACCCAAGGGCGAGAUGAUGACCUGGACUGGGAACAGAUUGACACCAGUGAAAAGUCUUCGCUGGACCCGUGGGUGCCACCGGGUUCUGCGAUGAUGAUGGUGAACUCGACGGGUCGGUUCUCGGGUCAGAAGGCUCUGCUCUUCACGCCGCAGCUCAAAGAGAACGACACACACUGCGUCAUCUUCCAGUAUUACGUGGCGGGACGAGAGGGAGGACGGCCUGGACAUCUGAACGUCUACAUCAAGGAGAACAACAGCCCCAUGGGUUUGCCCGUGUGGAACACGUCUGGACCGGCUGGACGCAGCUGGAACGAGGUGGAGCUGGCCAUCAGCACGUACUGGCCCAACUUCUACCAGAUCGUCUUUGAAGCGGUGACCUCCGGGCAGCGGGGCUUGCUGGCCAUCAAGGACGUCGUCCUCCAGGGCCAUCAGUGCAGUAAGACCCGUCUCUGUCGUAAAAACACUCUCAUCACCCGCUCCUUGGCCUUUUCCUGCCACCCUCCAAAUAUCAAUAUCGUCUGUCUUUCUCCAGGCAUUGAAGUCGAGCCAUAAAAGAGAGUGUAAUAAAGAAAACAAAAGACUGAAAAGGGGAGGGAAGAAGACGAUAAAGCUUUCAUGUAAUGCUGGAGAGAUAUCAGAGUGUAAAAGAGACACCGUUAGCAGGAUGAAUGGAGGAGGAUGGAAAGGGUCAAGUGGGAAUCUGCUGUCUACUUAGGCAGUGUUCUUAUUAGGCGGCUUCU